GCUAAGGAAGUCAUGGACAAAGCAUAGUUCAACCAAUUUUCUGUACUCAAGACUAACCAUUCAGCCCCAUUGAUAUUAAAAGUGAGAGGCUGAGGAUCUGCCACACCCAUAUUAAAUACUUCAAUGGCAUGAGAGCCGCACCGCACCCAGAGGACUUUAUCCGAGCACAUCUGUGAGAUAUACGCAGUGCAGUGCAGAGAAAUUCAAAACACACACAGCAGGAUGUAUGAAGGCAUGCUGUUCGCUCUCUGCCUGCUGACUUUGGUGCUGUUUCAGAGCGCUGCGUCUUGUGAGUUGAGGCCCGUGCUUGCUCAGGUUCCUAAAAGGCUGCCCGCCGGUUAUGUCAUCGCCGAAGGCAAGGAAGAAUUGACUCUCAAAGGCUGUGCGGCCAAACCUGUGGCCUUCACUUCCAGUGACCCUGACUUCACUGUAAAUACAGAUGGAACCAUUAUCACAGUUCGUGGUUUGGAGAUUACAACAAAGCAGUUUUCUGUACUGGUGCAGGAUGAGAACAGAUCGGAUUGGAAGGUGGACAUAAUCCUGUCCUGUAAAGAUGAGAAGUCCAGCAGUGUGGCUCACAAGCGUACUAAGAGAAGAUGGAGACCGUUACCUUUCUCUAUCAUUGAGAAUGACAGCCCUCCUUUCCCAAAGGAACUGGAGAUGAUUUCGUCUGAUUCUUCAGUAAAUUAUACAGUGUAUUAUCAGAUCAGUGGGCAGGGUGUUACCACAGAUCCUAAGGAAUUAUUCAUUUUGAACAAGAACACCGGCAUGCUGAGCGUGACCAGGGCCGUUGACCGUGAGCAGUACCCACAAUUCAAUUUUAUAGCUCGUGUGUUUGACGUAAGUGGCAGGGAAACAGAUGCAUUUCUGCCCAUCACUGUGAAUGUGGAGGAUAAGAAUGAUAAUGCACCUGAAUUCAUAGGAAGCCGUUUCUUUACCGUAGAAGAGCGGUGCAGGGCAGGUACUGUAAUAGGACAAGUGAAUGCCACCGAUAAGGAUCAGGCUAAAACUCCCCACACCUUGAUCAAGUUUACUCUGCACAAUGCUACUGACAUGUUCUCCAUCGAUCCUUUUACCGGAGUAAUAACUGCCAAAACCAACACCUUAGACAGAGAGGCUCAGGAGAAAGUCUACGUUGAAAUAGAGAUCAGAGAUAUGGGCGGAGCUUCUAGUGGGCUCUUCAGCAGAGGAACAGUUGUGAUUACUCUCACAGACGUCAAUGAUAACCCUCCUACCUUUAAGGAGAAGCUGUACAAAGCCAAGGUUCAGGAGAACCAAGAAAAUGUGCUAGUUACUAGGAUCCCAGUGGAAGAUAAGGACUUGGUAAACACCUCUAACUGGAAGGCCCUGUUUGAGGUCACCAAAGGAAAUGAGAGUGGAAACUUCAGGAUGGAGACAGACCCCAAAACCAAUGAGGGGCUUCUGUAUGUGAUAAAGGGAUUGGAUUUUGAAAAAACUCCACUGGUGAAGCUGGAAAUAACUGCCCGUAAUGAGGUUCCACUGGUUGGGACUGACACUAAAUGGCUCUCUGUGCCACUCGAGCUCAGUGUGGGAGAUGAAGAUGAAGGACCAGAGUUCAACCCUGCUAUUUUAUAUCUCAAAGUCAAGGAGAACGUUGCCAAUGGAACCAUCAUUGGAACGUAUAAAGCUCUGGACCCAGAAAAUAAGAACAGCAAUGGAAUAAAGUACUAUAAGAUGACUGACCCAGGCAACUGGAUCACUGUGGUGGAGAACACUGGAGAACUGAAAACAGCCAAUACUAUAGACCGAGAAUCACCUUUGGUCCACAAGGAUAUGUACAACAUAACCAUCAGAGCUGUGGAUGAGAGUAAGAAGACAGGAAAGGGGAUGGUUAUAAUCCAGAUCGAAGACGUGAAUGAUAACAUGCCUGUGAUUCUGGAUCCAGACCUGAUCAUGUGUAGUAAGGAUGAUAUGCUGAGCUCAGUUCUGGUUGAAGCUGUGGACCUGGACCAGCGACCUUACUCUACUCCCUUCAUUUUCGAACUUGGAGCAGAUCACGAUGGAAAGUGGAAAAUGAAGGAUGCUACAGAAUCAUCUGUGGUGCUGGAACAGGCUGUGGCCUUGCCUACCGGUCUUUACAGCGUUCCUCUCUUGGUGAAGGAUCUACAGGGAUUCGGGAAAGAACAGACUGUGAAUGUGCGAGUGUGCACCUGUGAGAGGGAGGAAAAUGGGGUGGGAAUAUGUGGAGCUCGGAGUGCCUCUUCCUCUUUGGGCAGUUUGGGAAUCCUUGCCUUAGUUCUUUCUGGCCUGCUGCUGCUACUCUUAAGUCUGUUGCUCAUCUUCAUAUGCAGUACUAAGAGAGACAAGCUGUACAUCAGUGAUGACACAGGAACUGGAGGAAUGCUGCUGAAAUCCAACACUGAGGCUCCUGGUGAAGAAGUGAAAGAUGGAGCUUUGUUGAUGAUUCCUGGGACAGAGGUAGUGGACGGGUCACUACAGAGCGGACUCAUGGAAAGUAAGAACGUGACUUCAGCUUCAGGACGCUAUGGGCAGCAGUUUUUCCAGGGAGGAGGCGUGUACAACACCACCACUCAGGAGUUUGGGACUGAAAAGUUCUACUCAUCCGGACGCUAUGAUAACAACUUGUAUGGCAACAACACACUACAAAAAUUAUCAAAUAGGAGUGCUCUGGACACAUGGAAAACCAAUGGGCGCUACUUGGACAGAAAACUGGCUUACUUUGGAGAUAAGGAGGAGGGACGGUAUGCGGAUGACCUACUGAAGACUUAUGGGCAUGAGGGGAUGGGAUCUCCUGCAGGCUCUGUAGGAUGUUGUAGCAACUUGGGUGAGCAGGAAUCAGUGGACUUUUUGAACACUCUUGGCCCCAAAUUCAAACCACUGGCUGAUGUCUGCUACACGACGAAUCGAACCGGAAAUUAAAUCGAGAAGUGACUGAGAUGAAAAAGUGCUGUAUGCUGUUUGCAGGGGCCUUCAAAGCACACUGCAGAAAAUCAUUUUCUUAAUCAGUAUUUUGCCUUGUUUUCCAGUAAAAAUAUCAAAACAUCUGUAAAACAAAAUUAAUUUACUUGAGAAGCAAAACAAUGUAAGACCUUUUUCUUUUGACUCAUCUGCAAACAUUUUUGUGGCUUAAAUGUAAAUCUCAGCAAAUAUGAUUAGAUCUAUGCUUAAAAAUAAAGAAAUAUUUAAAAAUAACCUUAACUCCAUGAUAUAUUCUCUAAAAUGACUCUUAGUAUCUCAGUUUUGCUUCUUAAGAAAAUUUAUCUUGUUUUGAGAAUGUUUAAUUAUUUUUACUGGAAAAUAGGACAAACAAUACCAAUUUAGAAAACUAUUUUUGCAGUACACGCCUUUCUGCUGGAUUAAUCAAGUGUCUGUGUGUGUCUUUUAACUUUUGUAAGUUUUUAAGUGUGUGAAUGAUGCAAAAUAAGCUUUUCUGUAAUUGUUUGCUACCUUUUGCUCUGCUUUGCAAACCUUUUCCUCACAGAGCUGAGGAGGAAUAGUUUCAAUAUUACAGAAGAGAUGUUAUUCUCUCCCCAAUUGAUUGCAAUUCUCAGCCGUGUGAAGUAUUAACUGAGUCUAUAUUUUCAAGACCACGAUGAAGUGUGCUCAUAAACUUUUUUGGGGCAAUGUGUGGAAUUCAAAGUACUCUUUAGCUCCAAAAGCACUUAGACCCAACAUCAACUCUGGACACUGAAGACCAAGACCAAGAUUUUUACUGGAGUAUUGCUGGAGUUUUUGUGUUAUUUUCAUUAACAUCAAACAGUAUAGUUGCUAAGGGAUUUUUAAUUUCAAUGAAAAGAAAGCAAAUAUUUUGCAUGUAAGUCACUUUAUGCUUUAAAUGAAGAUAUAGGUGAAAGAACAGGUAAUUUGGGAAAAACUACUUAGAAGUACUUUUUUUUUAGCUCUAUGAUAUUUCAGUUUUUUUUCUGACAGCACAUUUUAUGAUUUUUUGUAUUUGUGGUAAAUAUCACCAACAUAGAUAUUUAGAGGGUUGUUCUGAUUUUAGAUUUAAAGGGAUAUUAUUUGUAAAUAUUUUAAUAAAAUUGAUUACACACCCUA